AUGGGCACACCUGCGGCUUUGUUAAAUAUGGAUGCGAUAGCUGAUAGCGGGUCUGCUAAUGCAUCUGUGCAGGAGUGGAAGUGGCUGGAAGAAAACUACAUUGUCUGUGAAGGAGUUUGUUUACCAAGAUGCAUCCUUUAUGCACAUUAUUUAGACUUUUGCAGAAAAGAGAAGUUGGAACCUGCUUGUGCUGCAACUUUUGGAAAGACUAUUCGUCAGAAAUUCCCUCUCCUUACCACAAGGCGGCUUGGAACAAGGGGCCAUUCAAAGUAUCACUAUUAUGGAAUUGGCAUUAAAGAAAGCAGUGCAUACUACCACUCUGUGUAUUCUGGAAAAGGCUUAACCAGGUUCUCUGGAAGCAAGUUAAAGAAUGAGGGUGGUUUCACUCGUAAAUAUUCUCUGAGUUCCAAAACUGGAACUCUCCUCCCAGAGUUUCCAAGUGCUCAACACCUUUUGCUUCAAGGGUGCAUUUCUAAAGACAAGGUAGAUACUCUUAUCAUGAUGUACAAAACACACUGUCAGUGUGUCCUUGACAAUGCAAUUAAUGGGAACUUUGAAGAGAUUCAGCAUUUCUUAUUACAUUUUUGGCAAGGAAUGCCUGACCAUCUUCUUCCCCUGCUUGAAAAUCCCAUCAUCGUUGACAUCUUCUGUGUUUGUGACUCAAUACUGUAUAAGGUCCUUACAGAUGUGCUCAUCCCUGCAACAAUGCAAGAAAUGCCAGAAAGUUUACUGGCAGAUAUAAGAAAUUUUGCAAAAAACUGGGAACAGUGGGUUGUUUCCUCUUUGGAAAAUCUACCAGAAAACCUGACAGAUAAGAAACUGCCUAUUGCACGAAGAUUUGUUUCUUCCUUGAAACGACAGACAUCAUUCCUGCACCUAGCACAGAUUGCUCGGCCAGCCCUUUUUGAUCAGCACGUGGUGAAUUCCAUGGUGUCGGAUAUUGAAAAAGUUGAUUUGAAUAGUAUUGGCUCUCAGGCACUCCUUGCAGUCUCAGGGAGCACAGACUCUGAUGGAGAGGUCUACAGUGAAUAUGACUCUAUUACAGUGUUCCAAGAACUGAAGGACCUUCUAAAGAAGAAUGCCACUGUGGAAUCAUUUAUUGAAUGGUUGGAUACUGUGGUUGAGCAAAGGGUUAUCAAGGCAAGCAAGCAAAAUGGGAGGUCAUUAAAGAAGAGAGCUCAAGACUUCCUUCUCAAAUGGAGUUUUUUUGGUGCUCGAGUGAUGCAUAACCUAACUCUAAACAACGCGUCAAGUUUUGGUUCUUUUCAUUUGAUCCGCAUGCUACUAGAUGAGUACAUCCUGCUUGCCAUGGAGACACAGUUCAAUAAUGACAAGGAACAAGAACUCCAGAAUCUACUGGACAAAUACAUGAAGAAUUUAGAUGCAAGCAAAGCCACCUUUACUGCAUCACCAAGCUCUUGCUUCCUAGCAAAUCGUAACAAAGCUACUCCUCUGCCCAGUGACACUUCAGUCAAAAAUGAAUGUCUAGCAGAGCAAACCUACAUGUCCUUGUCAGCUAGCCAGCCUAGCACUGCACCUUCUGGUCUGAACCCCUUCACCACAGGAGACAGUGAGAAUAUGCAGCAGCUGCAUACAGGUCAGAUGGAGCUUCCUCAAAGCACUGGUCACCUGAUGACUCCACCCAUUUCACCAGCCAUGGUCAGCCGAGGAAGUGUUAUCAACCAGGGGCCAAUGGCUGUGAGACCUCCAAGUGUAGGUCCAGUGUUAUCCACACAUUCACAGUGCUCUUCCUACUCAGAACCGCUUUAUCAGACUUUGUCACAAACUAAUCAGAAUUACUAUGGAAACAAUUCCAAUUACCAGGCUAUGUUCAGAACUCAGGCCCAUUCCACUUCAGGAGUUUACCAUCACAGAGCAGAGCACAGCCGAUUCAAUGCUUUGAGUGAACAGCAGUUAUCCAGAGACUACUUCAGCAACAGUUGUGCUGUGUCUCCAUACAAUGCCAGAUCCCCUUCCAGCUAUGGUCCCUCAUCCAUGUCUCAGGACACACACAAUAUGCAGUUUCUGAAUACUGGGAGUUUCAAUUUCUUGAGCAACUCAGUGUCUACGUGCCCAGGAGCAGCAUAUCCUGCUAACACUUCCAACGGAUAUUAUGGAAACAAUAUAAAUUAUCCAGAAUCUCACAGGCUUGGAACAAUGGUGGAUCAACAUGUUUCUGUAAUCAGCAGUGUAAGCAGCAUUCGAUCAUUGCCAUCAUACAGUGAUAUACAUGAUCCACUGAAUAUCUUGGAUGACAGCGGAAGAAAACACACAGACUCAUAUUACACGGAGUCCUCACCUUCAAUUGUCUGUCGGACUCCUAUGCUGGCUUCAAACAUGCAAACUACAUCUUCAUCCCAGUGUAUGUAUGGAACAUCUGGUCAGUUCCCUUCUCAGGAAAAUCUGGAGUCCCAUGGCCCACCAAGCAGAGAUAUGGUGUCAUCUUUACCACCAAUCAACACAGUCUUCAUGGGAGCAGCUGCUGGAGGAACCUAACUGGAAGAGACAUGUCAGUGCAUUAAGCUUACUUUCCAAAUGCAGACAU